GUACCAGGGACUCUGCGUGACACCACCGCGUGCGUUGUGACCUAAUCGAGAAGCCUUAUUUUGUUUUUGGUUGUUGCUAAAACGCAUUACUGUCGACUUUAUAAACCUCAUUAAACUAAACAAAACAGUGAAAAACUGCAGAGGAAUCAACGUUACCAGGACAAUUUGCUGAAAAUAAUCAACAUUUUCUUCCAAAGGCCACCACAAGAGGUGCAGUGUGUAGAUGAAUUACGAGCAGCCACCUGCUUACAUGGGGCCUGGUCCUGCUCCAGUAUACCCACCUCAGGGCUACCCACCUCAGGGCCACCCACCACAGGGCUACCCACAACAGGGCUACCCAAACUACCCUCCUGGACCCUCUGGCCCCUAUCCAGUCCAGCCGGGAUACCAGGGAUACCCACAACCACAACCAGGACCUCCCACUAACACUGUGCUUGUUGUGGAGCAGAACAGGCGUGAUCAUCAUCAUCAUUCUGGAGAGAAGGCUUGUCUAGCCACAUGUUGGACGGCUCUGUGUUUCUGUUGUCUCUGUGACAUGUGCUUUUAACCAAAUUAACCAAAAGCAAUGUUUGUCUUAAGCACCUCUUUAUAUUCCUUCAAUGCGACAAAGGACUUUUUACACACAUUGAUCUUUUUGCAUUGACACAUUAAACAGAAUGUUGUUGUUUUUAUUUGUUGUUUAACAGUUAUGCAAAUGUACUCUUUAUUAAUGAAUGCAAAAAUGAAUGUCUGGUUGGGUCUAGAAUAGACUUGAUAAUCAAAGUGACUUACAAUCUGUAAAAUUUUGGUCUGUCUUAAUGCAAGGUAUUUUUCUAAUAAUAAAAGUGAAUGUAAAUAA